AUGUUGAAACCACCACUAUACUGUUCUAUCUGUUCUUCUCCCUGUCAUCUACCCCGUAUCCCACUUCCGCUUCCACUUACUACCUCUUUUUCAUCGUGUCAGGAAGAUAUACAAGCACAAUCGCAUUGCAAACUAGAAGAAUGGUUAUCAGCAUGGUACUGUCUUCGAGUUUCUUCAGGUUUAAUUGAUCCUACUCCAUUCUUAUUCCAUUCGGUUGAACCUUCCUCUCUUCCACUUCCACCUCUACAGUCGGGUGGAUUGAAUGAGAAAAGGCAAAACGAGGAAGAACUUCCUCGUCGAUGUAUACCAAUUCACUCAUAUUGUCUUUCCCUAAUCCUCCAGACUAUCCGUAAAACACCCUACUCCAACGCACGCUCGCACGAAGAGAGUGUAUUGUUAAACUGGUCAUUACCUAAAUGGACAGGAUACUUUCCCUGGUGCAAUCUUACGGCGAAAGAAAAGGGAAAAUCGUUUGCUGUUCCAGAGGGCUUGACAGGGAAGGAUGGAGAAAGACAAGCGAUGGUCAUGAAACCUGGUUUUUGGGGUGGGAUGUGGGAUGCGAGAAGUAGGUUUGCAAAAGUUGGUGACCAUUUGGUAGCGGAUGACCUAAUAUCACCUUUAUCUAUACCUCCUCCGACCUCACGUUUACUGAUUGCUCCUUUUUGCAAUAGCUACAACGUUGACAGACCAAAUCAACCUCCCAACUGUAAAUUACUUGAUCUCCCAUUACCAAUCCUGAAUCGAAUCGUCGAACAUAUCUUAGACGAACCUCCCAUCCCUUCAUCUGUUUCUAGUCAGAAUGUCAAGAACCAAUCCAAGUCCAAAUUCACUCCAUUCCUAAAUCCUCAAUCGGUAAAUACAUUCCUUUCAUUCUCCCAAACAUGUUCAACACUAGAUCACUUACAAAUCCCUUCAUAUGUCUGGAGAACGUUAGUGGAAGAUUCAGUAAAAGUAUAUAGGAAUGGAUUAUUACAGCGUUGGAGAGCUAAUCCUACUGGUGUCGGAUCAGCGAUGCAAUUAUGGGAAAGUUUAGAAGAUGAUUUUGAUAAUUCCGUUAACAAAGUUAUCCAACAAGCUAUCAAAAACAAUCAGAAUCAGAAUCAGGAUCAGGAUCGCUAUCCAUCCGUAGAGGGACAGCAAGGAGUGCGCAGUGGAUACGACAUGAAAGAUGUUUGGUUAUGGUGGAAUUACAAUCUGCAAUGGAAGAGUAAAAGAAGGAUUUGGAAAUGUGUGGUCCAUGCGACUGCAACUGCUAGAGAUGCCGAUUGGUGGUAG